GCUCGGAAACUAAACACCAGACAAGCUGUGAAACGAAACGACAUGAAUUAUAUUAUACAGACGCUAUGAAGUCUCGAGGACAGAGGCAUAUUUAGGAUUAAAGGGAGGCGGGAGAGGGUAAAUAUCUCUCCGUGUUUUCCUUUCUCUUCCGGACACCUCCCUCCAGUCGUGCUCUAUCUUUCCGACUCAUGAAGAGACAGAACCGAGCGACUGUCAUUCGUUAACGACCCGCACAUCUCCACAUCCGAACGCAGUAACUAAACACAACAUACGGCGCCGUGCGUAAAAGUGCCGUGCGUACCAGCGCGCGCGGUUUCCCCGUGACACCGAGCGAUAUUAUGAAACUUUAAUGCGUGUUUUUCUGGCUAUUGCAAGUGUCCGCUGAAGCAUAUUUUUCGGAGUCAUCUCUCUUUAAAAUAUAUUGUCUUGUGGUGCUUGGGAAGUGUGCACGUCGGCGAUGUUUUUUCCCAUUUUUAUAGAGACCUGAGAGCUGGGCUGAAGAGUUACGAAUUUCUGUUUGAUGUGGAUCGACACGCAUUGAAGAAAACUAAAACAUAUCAAACUUUUAUCACAUAUGACUCGGAUUAUAGAAGAUGACACGUUUGUUUUGACUACCACAGUGGAAUAAAGUGCACAGCAUCACCCGUUCAGGAUGUUCAAGCGAGGCUGUGGUCUGGAGUUUCUCCUGGUGCUGUGCGGUUUAGAGCUGACCCAGACGUGUCCACAUCACUGCAUCUGCUACGACUCCCCCAGCACGGUGAGCUGCCAGGCUCACAACUUCCAGGUGGUUCCGGAGGGAAUCCCAGCCGAGAGCGAGCGGGUCUUUCUUCAGAACAACAAGAUCCAGCGACUGCUCCAGGGCCAUUUCAGCCCCACCACAGUCAUGCUUUGGCUGUACUCCAACAACAUCUCAUACAUCCAGCCCUCUACAUUCAUGGGCUUCACCCGACUGGAGGAGCUCGACCUGGGGGACAACCGUCACCUCGGGUCUUUGGCUUCUGACACUUUUCAGGGCCUGACGCGACUCCAUGCUCUACAUCUCUACCACUGUGGCCUAAUCACUCUGCCCGCUGGGUUAUUCGAUGGACUUCAUAACCUGCAGUACCUCUAUUUACAGAACAACCAGCUGGAGUUUCUUGAGGAUGACAUGUUCAUUGAUCUGCUGAACCUCAGCCACCUAUUCCUGCAUGGAAAUCGACUGUGGAGCCUUCACCAGAACACGUUUCGUGGCCUCGGGGCACUAGAUCGCCUGCUGCUCCAUCAAAACCGGCUCCAGUGGGUUCACAAACAAGCUUUCCACGACCUCCGUCGCUUGACGACCCUCUACCUGUUCAACAACUCUUUACCCGAGCUUCCAGCCGAGAGCCUGACUCAGCUGCCCACGCUGGAGUACCUGCGUCUCAACGACAACCCCUGGGAGUGCGACUGCAAGGCCGUGCCGCUCUGGGAUUGGCUGCGGCGCUUCCGUGGCUCCACCUCUUCGUUACUGUGCGUGGCUCCGCCCGAGCUGGAGGGGAAGGAUCUUAAAAGGUUGAUGAAAGAGGAGCUGCCUUCCUGUACGGGCUCAGAAUCCCUCCAUCAGAUCAAAUCCAGCAACCAGGGGGACGUAGGUGUUUUGCUAAAGAAAGAUCACCAUCAUAGAUCACACCAUCAUCAUCCUCACCUGCCACAUCAAGAUCAACACUACCCCACGGCUCCAUCUCCCCUCCCCCGACCCCCGAAAUCCGGCCGCAACAGAAACUGCACUAGGCACCGCAGCCGCAAGGGGAACGGACAGAAUGAGGUUCAUAACCUUAAUGAAUUGGCCAAUAAGGACUCUGAUGAAAAAUAUGACCCGUCCAAACCGAGACGGAAGAACAAGUGCAUCCCACGGACCUCAGUGGGGACCCCUAGUGGUGUGCAAAGAGCAAACAGCAGGGCGACGUCCCUCUUGGCACCUUGUUUCAUCAUCAGUCUUUGCUUAUUGGCGUCGCUCAAUGCCCUUAUUUUCCGCUGAGGUCGAGGGAACCUCUCGUGACGGUUUUGCCGAAAACUCAGCCCUCUCUGUACUCUGGCUCCUACACUUCAGUGUGUGAAUGUGUGUGUGUGAACGUGAGUGUGUGUACAUGUGUACAAAAGUGCGUGGAACUUUGGCGAGCCCAUACCUAGGGACAUGCGUGAAGUUACGGGGCUGGAAAUGAAGCGGAGAUGAAAACAAACUCUGGGGAUUGUGGACUGGAGAGAUACAGAACACCAAAUGGACUAAUGUUAUCCCCACCUGGUCAAAUAUUGUGAGCCUGUCUCUUUCAUUUCUGUCGCUCCAGAUAGAUUAAUCUGACCUAUUAAACCAGGGCAUAUUCAAUAAUGGAAAGAACACCAUCUGUAUAUUUAGUUCUUCAUUACACCUCUGCCGAAUCAUAAGGUGCCCACUGUGGUCAAGCUUACCACCAUUAAAACUUCAGAGCACCCUCUCUGGGCUUUGACUUGCACACAGACUGCAGCCCGGGCUAUCAGCGGGGGGCGAGGGGAACGUUAGCAAAACAAACAAGCCAAUUAUUUAGGCAGAAGAUGACAUGAGCCGUUUCCAUGGGAGGGAUGUUGUUAACACCUUCAGCGCCUGCGAAAAUAAAAACACAAGCUAAGUACAAAAGAAAAGGAUUGUGUUAAUUAUGUUGAAGGAUGAUUUUUAGUCUCAAGGUGAGGUGUAAGAAUUAUUGCAAUAUUUACACAUUCGAUUUUAAAGUUCUGAAGCGGCUGCAGUAUGCUGGCGUACUCUGAGUUCAGAAAGAGGAAGAAGUUGAGUUUGCCAAAGGAUUAUGGGAUUGCUCUGGGUUUCGGUGUAUCUGUGUGUUUAUAUUCAUUGAUUGUACCCUGAAGAUAGUGUUCUGAAUGAAAAAAAAGAGGGCAGAUGUUAUUAAAAUGUGGAAAGGUCAAGGGAGGCUUGUGCAAAUACUGUAAUAUGUUUAUAUAAAUCACACGAAAUGCAAUAGUUGGCUCUCUUCUAACCUAAUAGAGAAAACAACAAUACAUGUUUGCACAUGCACUGUGCAGUUAAAAAAGAAAAGCUGAGGGAAUAUGGAAAGCCAGAAUGACCCUUUCUGACCCAAGCUGGUGUUGAGCCAUAAAAAUGUUUGUGUUGAAAUACUAAGAAAGCAAAGAGAGAUUAUUAAUGAAAAGUCAUAGCGCCCCUCUUGGACAGGUGGAGCAACAGCACAUUCCCCACCUCUCGCCGACCCACAUUUUCAAGUUUCUACAAAAGUGACCUAAAAAUAUUAUGACAUAACUGUUUAUUGUGAGCAUUUGUUUGUUUGAGAAUUCUUGCCACUUAUUAAAAAAUAACUGUAUUUUAACAUCGAUAGGGGAGGGGGGAGUUUUUUGUAUUCAUGUAACGUUUCUUUGUACAUUUGUCAAAAAAUGUUAGUCAUAAAAGGUACAUCAUGCUAACACCUUUGUUAUCUUCCUGAAAUUGACUUCCUCCCCUUGUUGCAUCCAAAUUUCUGUCUGUUAUAACACCACACCAGACUCAGAAGCUGUUUCUAAAGAACAUUAAAGAGAAACAUGGUC